CGGAAACUGGCGAGUCCAUGAAAUAGAGAAAAGCUGCGAGAGGUGAUGCUUGGACGAAUAAAUAAUCAAAUAACCUGACAAAAAUACGAAGGGACUGUUUUCAGUUGCUUGAUUGUUAUAUAGCGCCAUCGACGGAAGACCAACAGCAAUGUCUGCCCAAGCUCAAAUGAGAGCUUUGCUCGACCAGCUAAUGGGAACAGCGAGGGAUGGUUCAGUGUAUCUUUGCCAGCCUACAUCAAUCUGCAAAGGAGUUGCAGAAAAGCCUCAUGUUCAUCGAGCCGUGAGUCACACAUAAUUUUUAAAGCUGUUAUGAUGAAUAUCCAAACAAUUUGUUUGCCUUCCGGAAGUUAUUGUAGCCUUUUUUUUAAAUCUCACAAAUGGGUAUAUCUUCAGUGGCACUAGCAUUACAAUUUGGAGUAGUGUUAUGCAGCUUGAGCUAAGACGACAGAUCGCGCUGAAUCCAAACGAGCAGUUUUUCCAUUAGACGUCUGUUUUCAGAAGGCAAUUUUUAGCAGUCAUCGAAACAAAAACUUUGCACACAUCAUUUACAAUCUGACUUGUGUAUGACUCCCAACUUCUUACUACAGGUAUGGGCAAGAAAACUGUUCCCAUUUAUACUUUUCUACAGCGGGUUUAAAAUUCUGCAGCUGAGGUCUUGAAGAUGCAGAAGGGUACAGUAUGUGGUGCAGAUCGCAGUGUGUAUAAACAACAAUUUUUUUCUUGGAUUUCUUUUGGUUUUUCUUUUUUUUCAUUCCUUUUCAAUGUUUCAUAUUUGUAAAAGGCUUGGCUGGAACAUUUGCCUGAAAUGUUUACAUUUCUUAUCACAGUCAUAAUAGCAGUCUUUGCUGCAUAGUCAAAUGUAAUGAACACUUAAGCGUACACUACAUCAAGGUAGCUCUGUUCACACCAGUUAAUUGAAACAACAAGUUUAUAGUUAUUUACCAGUUUUGUGCUCCUAUUAGCUUAAUCUCAUAAUACCCCACAUUUACCCGAGUGGACAUUGAGCCUUGACACGUUAAACUUAAGUUGACGCUCUAACAUCGCCAUAUUUUUUGAUUGAGGCUUGGGUAAGGUAAGCACUAAGAAUAAGUGGAAGUACCAUAUACAUGCACACACAUAACUUUUGCUUCUUCAGUGUUGAUAGAUGAAUGAAUAAUUAACGUAGUACAACAGAGGCACACUUACUCUUUUACUGGUAAAUAUAAUGCUACACUGAGGAAGUAUAUGUAAAACAUUGACAAUCACAAAUAUAAGUGUUGGUUCUCACUGAUCUAGGUGGGCAAAAAGUCCUUGAGUUCAUAUUAGUGACACCCAGUGAAUGUAGUGCUAUUACAGUAAUGUAUUUUAAAGCACUGGAUACCUCGCCCCUGCGAACAAAUAUCUGAGGUCUUUCUCACUGGUUGUUUUUUUGGACUGUUGCAGGGGAUGAGACGCGGCAGAGGGUGAAGUUCACCGACGAGCGAGUCUGCAAAAGUCAUCUUCUAAACUGCUGUCCACAUGACAUCCUGUCUGGAACUCGAAUGGACCUGGGGGAGUGCACGAAGAUCCAUGACUUGGCACUUCGGGCAGAUUAUGAAAUUGCCUCCAAGGAGAGAGAUCUGUUCUUUGAGCUUGACGCGGUCGAUCACCUGGAGUCAUUCAUUGCUGACUGUGACCGGAGGACAGAACUAGCCAAGAAGCGCCUGGCUGAGACCCAAGAAGAGAUCAGUGCUGAGGUUGCAGCAAAGGCAGAGAAGGUUCAUGAACUGAAUGAGGAAAUAGGGAAGCUCCUGGCCAAGGCUGAGCAGCUUGGAGCCGAGGGCAACGUUGAUGAGGCCCAGAAGGUCCUGCAGGAAGUGGAGAAGGUCCGCACUAGGAAGAAGGAUGCAGAGGAAGAGUACAGAAACUCCAUGCCGGCCUCCAGCUUCCAGCAGCAGAAGCUUCGGGUGUGCGAAGUCUGCUCUGCUUACCUGGGUCUCCAUGACAAUGACCGUCGUUUGGCCGACCAUUUUGGUGGGAAGCUUCAUCUGGGCUUCAUUCAGAUCAGAGAGAAACUGGACCAACUAAAGAAAACUGUGGUCGACAAGCAGGAGAAAAGGAACCAGGAGCGCUUGAAGAGACGAGAAGAGAGAGAGAAAGAGGAAAGGAUGAAGAAGAAGACCAGAUCACGGAGCAGAGAGCAUAGAAGGUCCCGUUCUCGUGACCGGAGAAGGAGACGCUCGCGCUCCUCAUCACGAGACAAGCGCCGUUCUCGCUCACGCUCCAGGGAGAGGAAGAGGAGGCAUCGCAGCCGAUCCCGCUCUCGCAGCCGAGGACACCGUCACAGCCACGAGCAGAGCUCCAAACACAAGUCGUCCAGGGACCGAGAGCGCUCAUCCAGAGACAGGUCACGGGAGCGCGACAGGCGAGACGGUAUGAACGGCAGAUCGGACUCCCGCCGGGCAGACGACAGGGACAUGGGGGACCUCUAAAGACCAAACUCGGCAUCUAUCACGACACACAACCUCCUCCUGUCUCUCUCACCUGUCUGUCCAUUUAUAAUAACCUAAUGUUACACACAGUCCUGGCCUUGACCCCAUUGUUCUCCCGCCUGCCUCCUUUGUUUGCUUUAACAGUUAAUGCAGCCGACCCAGAGUGUACACGUACCUGAAAUACUAUGGAUUAAAAUCUCUAGCAUCCAGAUAUAUUGGAAGAUUGCAUUGAGAUAGGGGGGAUUAGUUAUUGAUCAGCAGUGGAGUGUAUUGUGACCCACAUCUGUAAUUUGGUGGCUGUCUGUAUCCAAUACAUGUCUUGUUAUAAACUGCCCUACAACAGAAAAAGUGACCAUAAACUGAUGGUCUGCUGGGCUGAAGCAUAAAAUGUAACUGAUCUGCGUCUUUUAUCAUUAACCGAAGGUCUUUUGAUACACAGUCUGUCUGUAAAUAUGGUUUGGGCCCACUGAUUGUAAUGGUCUGAAAGGCCUCAUCCUGUCGAGUUGUUUUGUUUCACCAGCUCCUGGUAAACAGCACUUGGUGUUUGAAAGUUGCAAGUAUUCGUAUUAACCUAAUUUCCCUCAUUAUCCUUUUUUUUUUUUUUUUUUUUUUUUUACUAUCAAGUUGUAUUUUAUGCUGUCAGUAGUGAAGGGAAUCUAUUUGAUUGGUUUGGCCAGUGCUUGUUUUGAAGUCUCUUGUUUCAGUUUGUUUCGAUCUUGAUUUUGUUUAUUUAAAAUAAUGAAAAUAAAUGGUUCCUCCAAAGUUAGUGUCGGCAUGCAAAGCAGUAGGUUCAGAAAUUAUACAGUGGAAAUUCAUUGCUAUAACUGUACAUAACCUUUUGUUAGUCGAGACAUGAGUUGAAAUUUUGACCCAAACAGAUUUUAAUGGAUGCAUUGCUUUACCUAAUGUGUGAAGUCAUAUCUGUUUAUGUUCUGCUGGAAAUCUUUCUUUGAAGUCUCUAAAUAAAAGAAAUCCCAACAUUUUA